AAGACACAACAGAGAAGCAAAGGCAGAAAGAGAGAGGAUCCGAAAGGAUGCUGAGUAUGUCAGUUGCUUCGCCUUCGAGCAUUUUCAUAUCUUCUUCAAAAAUCGCCUCUGGUAACACGAAAUCCUCAUUCCAUGGAAUCCGAAUUCAGCCUGUAUUGCCACUUCGUGUGUCUAAUUCGUCUUUACGAAAUUCUGCUCCGUCUGUGGUGAUGAUGGCAAAGAAAGAUCAAGAACUGAAGGAAAUCAGAGCCAAGACCACAGAAGAACUCAACGAAGAGGUAGUUGAUCUCAAAGGGGAGCUCUUCAUGCUUCGAUUACAGAAAUCAGCUCGUAACGAGUUCAAGUCCAGCGAGUUUCGUCGAAUGCGCAAAAGGGUUGCACGCAUACUUACAGUAAGGAGGGAAAGAGAGAUUGAGGAGGGAAUCAAUAAGAGGUUGUCAAGAAAGCUUGAUCGGCAAUGGAAGAAAAGCAUUGUUCCCAGGCCUCCACCGUCUUUGAGGAAGCUGCAAGAGGAGGAAAAGGCAGCAGAAGCAGCAGAAGCCGGAAAGUUGACAUGAUAAAUCUUUCAUGAGUGAAUAUAAUUUGCAUUCUUACCCCUUACUGCUUUCCUUAUUCUUCGUAGUAGAGCAAGAUAUUUGUUUGAUUAGCUUUUCUGUCUCAAAUAUUCAUCAUUUGCAGAGGUUUAAUUUUCUAAUUUUGAGAAAUCUACAUAGUCAUGACAUAGUUCAGGUUCUAACUUUUAUUGUUCAACCCAUAGGCUUGGUCCCUGUAGGCAUCUUGAAAAAAUAAAAAAAAGAAGAUACAAGUGCAAGAAUAGGAAGAAGGAAGUAUGUGGAAUAAAUUU